AUGUCGAGCAAUAUACCAAUAUCAAGCUCCUCAACGAGCCAAGUAUAUACCAACACAACGAAUCAAAACCAAUUUCGACCAACCAAUGAUCCACUUACACCACGAGAGGUAGCUCUAAGCAAAGAACUCAAACAACUACGAUUAAUUCACACGAGACUCACAUCUUUUGCUUCGGCAAUAGACUCCGUCAAGUCAAACAUGUCGGAAUUCAACAAUGGAACCACUAAUGCCUUGAUUAUGAUGAAUAAAUGGAGCGAUAUAAUCUCACAAGCGAGCUUCACUCAUGAGAUGCUUAAUAAUACAGAGUGGCAUCCACAAGAGGAUGCGGAUGACGAAGAGGACGAAGGUGAUGGCUUUGAGAGCCAAGACACGAUAAGCUUUCAAGCAAUGGACAAGAAUGAUGAUGCUGAGCUUGAAUUGUUGCUGCGCAAAUUAAUGAAUUAUGAACUGGAAAAUAUGGUUUUGAACAAGCGAUUAGAAAAGGAAGUGAUGGCGAAACAGGAAAAGAGGCAUAGUGUUGAAGAACAAGUGAAUAAAAGGAGACGUGAGUUGGGGCUAUAUGAUGGGUCGAGCCUGAGUAGUAGAAAAAGACCCAUGCGAUAA